AUGUCCAAAUCUGUAUUUCUUCGACGAUUUGGUGUGACAUUCCGGCAUUGUUUACGACCGCAUAUAUCAGUGGUGAAAGAACCGGAUAUUGAUUCGCUUCAAAAGGCUACUGUUCAUCCGUUUGUUCUUCUGGACUAUGUGGAUGAUACAUUGAAGGAGAGCGAUUACUUCGGUUUCAAGAAGAUGAUUAAAAUAGACGAUUUGUUUCAUGCACGUGCACACUAUGGCCACAAGGUCGGAACAGUGAACGAAAGAAUGAAAUGGUCAUUAUUUGGCGAGCGUUUAGGCGUUUGCAUUUUUGAUUUACAGAAAACGCGUGAAUGCUUGAUUACGGCAUUAAAUUUUGUCGCUCAUAUGGCAAUGCGUGGUGGAAUGUUCUUAUUCAUUACGACGGGAAGAAAUAAUAUGUUAAUGGUCGAGCGAAAAGCUCUAGAAAUAGACGAGUUUGCGCACGUACGUGGUUGGAAAGAAGAUACCUUACUUAAUGCGAAAGCAUUAUUUGGUGCACCGAUACGUCUACCCGACACGAUCAUAUUCCUUUCGACGCUAACAUCGAUAUUAGAAACCCAUCCAGCGGUACGCGAAGCAGCAAAAAUGGUAAUUCCAACGGUUGGUGUCGUGGAUUCCAAUGCUGACCCUACUUAUAUUACAUAUCCAAUUCCCGGAAAUGAUGAUUCGACGUCCAGUGUACAGUAUUUCAUGGAUUGUUUCGUUAAAGCCAUUAAGAUGGGGAAAGAAUCACGGCGGUCGUUACUUGUUGACAAUUAA